AUGUCCAAAGACUUGCUCAACAAACUGCAACAACUCGAUACCACGUCCAAUUUUAUGAAGCAUUGCCCCUCAGAGUACUUCCGUACAGUCUUUCUGGCAGCUGUAUUUAUCCUGCAUCUUGCAGACUCCAGUUUUUCGAGUAUUCUCGAUGUAGAAGGCGGGAAGAUUGCAUUCAAUACUGCUCUUUUACUCAUGCGUCGGACAUCAUUAGAAGACAAUGAUAUGCCAGGGCGGAUUUCGAAGAUUCUGGCACAGCUGUGGAGUUUACAAGGAAGUUCUGAACAGAGUAAACAGGAACCUCACUUGAAGCUUAAAACCAGGCUUUCUGCUAGCCUAGUCCACGAUCAAAUGUGGAAAUGGAGGGAGCGAUUUGGUGGCCAGAGAAUCAUCCAAACACCUUCCAUCAAUCAAACAGAGAUUCCUGUUCAAGAAACAGAAAAUCAACCUGACAGGAAGGGAUUAGAAGAAAAUGCAGACAUCUCCCUGCCAUCGAACACGGUGAAUCUCCUUUCAUUCGAGGAUGUGUUUAAUGUCGAAAUGAUGUCCCUUCUCCCCUUUGAGCUGGAUGACUUCUCUGACAUUGGCACUAGCUUCUUUUCCCAAGACUCAAUUUAG